UUCUGUUUGGCUACUGUCUGUGGUGUUUUGGGUGUCAUUGAUUCCAUGCUUUUUCAUUGACGUGUAGGAUAAUUGUGUUGUCAACGAAGUUUGUAUUGGCACGAUUGUGUCCAGGAUGCUGCCACUCGGUGCUGUGGCACGUGUGUGUGUGCGACUGUCGUCGUCAGGUAUCUCCUGCGCUCCUCUCUCAUUGGACACCACAGCAUGGCACCUCCCCCAAUCAAGAGGGCGGCCGGCCUUCCUCCAGACCCCGCCCCCUGUGUCCAGCGUGUCCCUGGCGUCCCGCCGUAGCGUAUCCACGGAAACGGGAGGCUGGUAUGAGAGCCUUGCGGACACAACAGCUGUGCACUUGAUGGAACGUCUCCUCAUGUCUGCCCAGAAUGCAACUGGUCUACCCUGGUGGGCUAACAUCAUCGCUACGACGAUCGCACUCAGAACUGUUGUCACAUUACCACUAGGGGUCUACCAGUCCAUCAUCAUUGGCAAGGUUGAAGCGUUACAGCCUGAAAUAGCUGAUCUUGCCAAGCGUCUACGCUAUGAGGUGUCAAUGAAAGCCCAACAUAAAGGCUGGACAGAGAAGACUUGCAGGUACCAGUUCAAGAGGAAUCUGAAGCGGAUCGUGUCGGAGCUGUAUGUGCGGGAUAACUGCCACCCUCUGAAGGCCAGUGUGCUGGUGUGGGUACAGCUGCCCAUGUGGGUGUGUAUAUCACUCGCGCUGCGCAACCUAAGCCUCGGAGCCACAUACUCACCCUCAGUGUGUGAGGAGCUGUCAGUAGGGGGCGCUCUCUGGUUCCCUGAUCUCACUCUACCGGACUCCACCUGGGUCCUACCCAUCAGCCUGGGGCUUACCAACCUCCUCAUCACAGAGAUCUUCUCUCUCCAGAGGCUGGAGGCAUCUAAGUUCCAGAAGUACGUCACUAAUUUCAUCAGAGGAAUCUCCAUAGUCAUGAUCCCCAUAGCAGCUACAGUGCCAUCAUCCAUGGCGGUGUACUGGUUGAGCUCCAGCCUGAUAGGUUUGGGUCAUAACCUGCUGCUGCGGUCACCUCGCUUCCGACGGCUCUGCCGCAUUCCGCCAUCGCGGGGAAACUCCGAUACGCCGUACAGGGACCUGCUCUCUGCUGCCGUCAGCAAGUACCUCAAGUAGGGGGGCCCCCAGGACCAUGGCAGACCCCCCCACACCUCGAGUGGCCCCUAUGGACCCUCACAGACCUCCACAGACCUCUGCUGAUCCACCAGGACCCCACAGACCUCUGCUGAUCCACCAGGACCCCACAGACCUCCACAGACCUCUGCUGAUCCACCAGGACCCCACAGACCUCCACAGAACUCUGCUGAUCCACCAGGACUCCACAGACCUCCACAGACCUCUGCUGAUCCACCAGGACCCCACAGACCUCUGCUGAUCCACCAGGACCCCACAGACCUCUGCUGAUCCACCAGGACCCCACAGACCUCCACAGACCUCUGCUGAUCCACCAGGACCCCACAGACCUCUGCUGAUCCACCAGGACCCCACAGACCUCUGCUGAUCCACCAGGACCCCACCAGGACCCCACAGACCUCUGCUGAUCCACCAGGACCCCACAGACCUGGAGUGGCCCCGCAGGACUGCUACAGACUAGCCAGGUCUCAACCAGACGAGUGGAGUAGAACGGUCUGGACUGUUCACAUGGUGCAUGUGUGUACACACACACACACACACACUCACACACAUUUACACACACUCUCUCUCUCACACACACACACACACACACACACACUCACACUCACACUCACACUCACACUUGGACUUGAGCUUGGACUCAUGCGUGACCCUGACCUUAUUUCCUCACCUGAAUGUUAUUUAAAGUGAUCUACUGAGUAGUUGUGAUGUUGAGCGUAUUUAACGUGUAUCUGUGUUGAAUGCUGAUGGGUUUGCUUGUGUAUCUGUCCACUGGAUGUGUCUGCUCCUCCAGACAUAACAGACUGUUCAAAUAAAGAGCUGAAGUCCCCUAUGGGAGUGGGA